UUUCCGAUAUUUAAGCAAAAACUAUUGUGAUUAAAUAAAUAUACAAAAUGAAUUUAUAAUACGUCAAACAUAGAAAUAAGUUUUGAUAUCGCAUGGUUCAAGGUAAGGCUUUUGAUGCAGGCAGAAAAACUUUCCAAGGAUUCCAAAUAUUUUUCACCAAUAACGUUGCAGUUUUUAUAUCAUCAAAUUUGUACAGUGAUGUGUCAUUUUUAUUUUGUCAAAUUGAGAAAGUAGUUUUGAUAUCAAAGGACACAAAACGUAAUGGAUGAAAAAUCCGAACAUGGCGAUCAAACCGCGGAGAUACACGAUCCAGUAGUCGGGUCCUUGGACGAAGGAAUGGAUAUACGGAUGGACCCGGAAGCCGACGUUUCGGCAGUGGAUUCAGCGGAAAACGCGGGAACUAGCCAAGACACAGAAACGCCAGAAGUGGCCGAACCAAACAUUGAGUCUGCUGUUGGGAACGAUGAUAAUACUCUAAUUUCUGAGUUAAAUGAUGUUAGUCUGUCUGCUGCAGCAACUAGUAAUGAGACAGAUUCCUUUUUAGACUCAUUUACAUCAGAAAAUCCAACCUCUGAAUCACAAGCUAAUGAUGAUCAAAAUAGCAAUGCUGCUGAUUCUGACCUGUCAAUGCCUGCACUUGUCCUACCUGAUGAACCCAAUGACAUGUCAACAGAAGAUAUGAGCUUUAAUGAAAAACCAGAGGGACAGGAAGAGCCUGUCGUAGAGCCUCCUAAAGAUCUUGCCGAAGCACCAGUAGAGGCGAUGAAGGAUGUUCAAAAGGAACCUGUCUAUUCACUGGAAGAAGAGCUGGAAAGGAUGCAUGAGGAAUCUGUCCAGCCAGAAACAGAACCGGUUCAGAAACACGCUGAGUCUGAAAAGCCUGAGGAAGUUAAUGUUCCUGAAAGUAAAGUGCAUACAGAGAGCAAGCCAACUCCUAUAAUGAAGGAUUCUGAUUUGGAAGAGAUGUUGGCAGCUGAUGAUGUGUUGCAGGAUCCACUAAUGAUUAAAAAUGCUCAACAAGAUCUUGGAAAGGUAGAUGUGCUUGUGUGUGGCAAUUGCCAUCAAGUAUUCCACUUCGUAGAAGAAUUCAAGACCCACAAGUCAAAAAUUUGCUCGACAAAGUCAAACUCAACAUUAUCAAACGACAGUAACUCACAAGUUUGGGCGUUCACUUUAUGGAAAACAAAACAAGUGAAAGAGGAGCCCGGACGAGGACAAACCCAAUGGGAGCUGUACAAAACGUGGUGUGCUCUACCAGAAAGUGACAAAACUUCGUGGAUAUCAGCCGGGGAGCUUCUGCAGUAUUGCCACAAGUUGGAGACUGCCAAGGUGACCGAAGUCAAGGUACAUAACAAACCCGUUGCUAAAGAUGACAAAGAUCCACUUUCUUUGGAUGGUUUCGGUAAAACAGAUAGUAAUAAGGAAAAUUCCUCAGUUGAUAAUUCUAAAUCACCUUUGCUCGAUGUAAAACGAACAGUUAUUAAUAAACCUAAACCUGUUCCUACGGUUCCGAAGAUAAAUAACAACAGUGCUAACACUAACAAGGCCAUGAGAUCUGCUCCAAAUCUAGAUAAAAGCGAAUACGCUGUGGAAAAAAUUGCAGCAAAGAGGUUUAACCCCAAGAAGAAGACUUGGGAGUACCAAAUUAAGUGGGAGCACUUCACAAGUGAACACAACACCUGGGAACCUUUAUCAAAUCUCAAUCACUGCAGACAAAUGGUGGAUGAGUUCGAAGAACAACUGAAGAAAUUGAAAGCGGAAAAGGCCAAGCAACAACAAAUCGCUGCAGCUGCUAGCAAAAAUACUCCCAAAGUGAAGCAGAUAGUCUCAGCGGUCAGUUCACCUUCACUAGCCGGAACAGGACCUAAAAAUCGUCCACAAAGAACGAGCAAACAAAAAGCUCUAGAGCAAGUAAAGUCGUGGUGCGGAAACAUUUCAGACGAAGAGGGCAUCAGUAUGAAACGCCCUCGAUCUCCGGACAGUGACGAUUCCUUUAGCGAAAAAAGAAUGAAGUUCGAAGAAAUGUCCGAAGACUCAGACGGAGAAGUGUCAAAGCCUAAAAUGCCAUUGAGGAAAAUCGCUCCCAAGCCACCAGCGUCUCCGUUGCAGGUGAUCAAAAACGGCGUUGGUAAAAACACGCCUUUGCCGCAGAACAUUCUCAUACCGGACGCCAACGGGGUGGUUAGGAUCAACCAGAAGCAGCUGCCUUCUUUGAGCACAGGAGUAUACAUCAUGUCGAAAACGGCUGGUAUUAUAAAAUUGGACUCCAGCACAUCUAAAGUAGCUACAAGCAGCGGCCAGAUGAUCGUGAAAGUGGCACCUAAAAUUGGACAGACUCAUAUAAAAAUCAUGAAGAAAGAUGGUACAUCAACACAACAGGUUGUCCAAAUGAGCCCUAAGAAUAUUCAACAAACACCAAAAGCACUGAAAAGUCACCUGACGAAAGCUAAAAAAUCAUUAUCAGAACUGAAAGCAUCGCCAGCUGCACCUAAAAAGGCGGAAGUUCUCAAAAAACAAGUACUGACACCAACCAAGAUGGACAUUGACAAGAAACAGAUGGUCGUCAAGAAACUUCCAGAAUUGGCUCCAAAACCGGGCCCCAAAGCGUUCUUGAAAUUCAAUCAAGUCGAGAGUAGAGAAGAGGAAUCUGAUGAUGGGUUAGAAGAACUGCCGUUCCCAGAAGAAAUCAAAUUACCGGAACCGGAAGAAGAAGAAGCAGACAAAGACUUUAUUUUGGAUCCUACAACUGGAAAAAUAGCUGGUGUAGAAUACCCAGAGCAUGAACCCGAGCCAAUCGAAGAAGCCAAAUCAGACAUGUCGCUAGAUAAUAUAGUGAAGCUGGCAGCAGCUGAUAUAACAGAAGAGGACUUGAAGAACGAGCCUCAGGAAGAACCCAUGGACAUUGAAGUGCACCAUCUGGUUCAAGCACCAGAACCUGUGAAAAUUAUUAAGACUGAACCUCAGAUUGUACCUGAAAGAAGAUUCCCCACCGCUGCUUCUACGAAACAAGUAGUUAAAAUGCCUGUUACCUCUCGCAAGGUAAUAGCAAACCCGACUUCCAUACUAAACAAGGCCCUGACAGGUCCUCAGGUCAUAAGAAGGGCGGUAACCGGAUCUGCAGAAAAACAACAAAGAGUCCUGAACCAUUCGAUGGCACGGCCCAUUGUAAAUCCCGUAGUGAGACAAACAAAAACUUUCGUCAGGACAAAACCGGUGGCCCCCAAACCAAGGUUUAACAUUGCCAGCGAUAUGUCAGAGAAGUUCAUCCAACCGGACCAUAAUACAUCGCCUAAAAACGUAUAUUCCUUCACUAGACAAGUCGUUCCUUCACCUACGAUGCGAAAAAUUGGAAACACCACCAUCAGGAGUUCUCCCGCGGGUGUGUCUGCAGCCAACAAUCAGCAUAAAGUUCAAACAACAAAAUACGUCAGAACCAGUUCGGGAUUGGUGCAAAAGGUGGUACAGACGCAGGUGAGAAGGGAGCCCAUGCAAGUUAGAGGCCAGCCGGAGAGAGUAGAACGAAAGAUACAACAAAAACCCAAAACAGUUAUCAAUAUGCCUUCUUUGAUAAGUGACGACGACCUCCUUCUGACAACCAAACCUGCACAACCGAGACCAAAACAAGCCCCCGUUCAGCCCGUGCAAACGAUAGCCGCCCUCGAAGCACACGAACCUGAAGAAGCACAUAAAAUGGCGGUGGUUUCGGAACCGUCGAUUACCCAAGUACCGGCCGCUAUUCAACAAGAACCCGAAGAGAACGCAGCGGCCGAGACGUCUGGCAUCAACGCCUUGGCGCCUGAUAUGUCUUCUUUCACGCUCAACGACCACGAUAACCCGAUCUUUAUUACUGGCGAUGAUGGUACCGUGUAUCAAGUAGCUGGACAGAAUGAACAGGGACAAACUAUUCUGUUGACGCAAGGUAGUGACGGUCAGCAGCAGUGUCUGUUGGUGACGAAUGAAAUUGCUGAGACGAUGGAGACGCCGGCCGCCGAAGAAGCUGAACCCCAGCAACAGGAAAUCAUCCCCGAAAUCAGCCCCGCGGUGACGGAUCCCCUCUCUAUCAAAACAGACGUCACUGAAAGUUCUGAUCAAGUCGUAGCACAAGUUGUUAGAGCAGAACCACCUAGUCCGGGUGGAACCCACAAAGUGGUAGUCAUGCUUCCGGACGGUAAUCUGAUGAUAACGCAAGUCUCUCCAGAAGAAUACGCCAGUCUGGAGCUGGAGUAGAUUCAGUGCAGUUGUUAUAAUUUUUUUUACCUACAUUAAGGAUGUACCUUUUUUACAUUUAUUCUUUUCUUUGAUCUUCGUUAUCGUUCAUAUCCUUUUAGCAUUUAAUCUCUCAUUCUACAGACGCUGUGGAUACAAAACGAAAUAUUUGAACUUAAUUGUUAUAUUUGUAAAGAAAACAUUGUAUUAUAAUGAAUUGAUUUGUACAUAUUUGUAAUUUAUCUAUAGAUUAUUAGGUAAGAGAUUGCCAAUAAAAAGUUUAGUAUUUA